AUGGCCAGUGGAAACAGGGUGGCCCGGCCGCCUACCGCCGACGAGCCUUCCGACACAGCAAAAGCCCCCGUCGUGAGCUCCUCGACCAAUCGACCAGCAGCUCCCUCGCUGUGGAAGGCAUGGAAAUAUAUCUUCGAUUGGUACCCAAGCCACUAUUCAGAUGAGGAGCGCAAGCUUUUGCGCAAGCUGGACUGCUUCAUUAUGCCGCUGUGCUGUCUGAUGUUUUUCAUCAAAUGGCUUGAUCAAGGCAACAUCAAUAACGCGUAUGUUUCGGGCAUGAAGGAGGAGCUUCACCUGAGUGGGAACCAGUAUUCCUUGUUUGGGACAUUCUAUAAUAUAGGAUAUCUCCUCUUUGAGAUCCCAUCCAUGAUGCUGAUCUCGCGGCCGAGCCUAUCCCGCUACUAUCCGCCGACCAUGGAGCUUCUCUGGGGAAUUGUGACAUUUUGCCAGGCACGCCUGCGCAACGAGCACGAUAUCUUUGGCAUCCGGUUUCUAAUGGGUGUGCUCGAGACCCCGGCGGCCUCGGGCAGCAUCUACAUUCUGACCUCAUGGUACCGCGCCGAUGAGGUUUUCAAAAGAGCCGGAGUGUGGUACGUGAGUAGCAAUGUCGGCUCAAUGUUUCGGAGGAUAUCUGCAAGCUGCCGCGUACACCAAUCUGAAUGGUGUUUUGGGUAUGGACGGCUGGCGCUGGUUGUUCAUCAUAGUGAGCAUUCUAUGGCUCCCUUUUCUGACUACAGAAUAGUGAUAAGAAACUUACGUGUUGCCACACAGGACGGUAUUAUUAGCAUUCCAAUUGCAAUUGCCGGGUUCUUCCUUUUCCCCGGCAUACCGCAAAGCCCCCGAGUCUGGUGGCUCACCGAGCGGGAGCAGCAACUUGCGCGCGCCCGAAUGGGCGAUGAUGGCGUCAAGGAGAGCAGGAAGAUAGGAAAGCGCAUGCUCAAGCGCGUGUUUACGCACUGGCAUUUCUACAUCGCUAUCACCACUUACAUCUGCUUUCAGUGUACUACCUAUGUUGGCGGUCAAAUGGCCCUGUGGCUAAAACACGAGGCUGAACAACACGGCACUUACACCAUCCCGGAGAUCAACACAAUCCCAACUGGUGUUCAGGGAGUCGCUGUAGUGACCGGCAUCCUUUUUACCUCUCUUUGCAUGGUCUACCCGAUCUGGACUACCUUUACGUUCACAGCCGCAGUUCUUCUCUUUUGCAAUGUCGUUCUUCUUGUAUGGGACAUUCCCGUCGGGCUUCAUUUUACGGCCUACUAUCUUUUGGGAAUGACCUCUUGCAUUACUCCAAUCCUAUUUCCUUGGGUUAACAUGAUCAUGAAAGACGAUGCCGAAGCUAGAGCCUUCACAACGGGAGCGAUGAUGACCUGCGGGUGGAUCUUCUUUUCCUUCUAUCCAAUCACGGCCUUCCCCGUUCUCGAGGCACCUAAGUGGCGCAAGGGCUUUACCGUCAACACCGUUUUGACUGUCGCUUACUGGUGCCUGUUUAUGUUGGGACAGUACCUGUGGACGCGAGAGCUGAAGCGACGCCAAAGCCAGGAGGUUGUCGAUGGAGACAUGGUUGAGACAGAGAAGGAGGCCAAACUAGGCUCGUCAAGCAACCAUAUUGAAACCACAGCCAGGGAUGAGAUCAAGGUUGAGAGUGUGUGA